UAAUAAGAAAACUGUCGGCUGGACGCCAGACACUCAUCGUAAUUUACCUUUACAAGAAAAGGAUCAUCGGCCGGUCGCCAGGCACAGCGUAGUAGGACUGCAAAAGGAGGGCCCACUAGCUGGACGCUAA